UAAUCAUAGUGUUCGUAUAAAGACGUACGCUUUAUAUAUUUUUAUAAUAACAUUUUUUGGAAAAUAUAAAUACAAUGGCAACUUGCGAUUGCGAUAACAUAUUGCCACAAGGAAGUGUGCAAGAAAAACAUUACGACAAUUGCAGACAAGUUUGGGCUGAGCGCCAGCCGGCCUUCCUGCCUUUAUUGAAGAAUGAAGACGGUACCAUUCGUCUUAUAAAUAAGAAUGUGUUAGAUUUGGACAAAGAUGUGCUCUAUCACUUUUCCUUUACGAAUAAAAGUAUUGAUUUGCAAGCUGAGUUCGGUGAUGUGAAAUUUGUCUGUACUGGAGGCACUGCAAGUAGGCUCAAGGAAUUUGCUCUAUACAUGGCGAAGAGACUUGGCAUCCCAGCCGAUGAAAACAUAAAAGACUGGACCAAAAUAUCUAACAGAUACUCCAUGUUCAAAGUUGGACCAAUAUUGGCUUUCAAUCAUGGCAUCGGUAUACCGUCGAUGACAAUCGCUAUCCAAGAGGCCAUCAAGAUGUUGUACUAUGCAAAAGUGAAGAAUCCAAUUUUCUUCAGGAUCGGCACCUGCGGAGGUUUAGCGGUUGAAGCCGGCUCAGUAGUCAUAUCUGAAUGGGGCCUUAAUGGGUUGCUGAAGAAGUCUUAUGAUUUACCUGUUCUUGGAAAUAUAUACAGUGUACCUUCGAUUUUGGAUAAAAGACUUGCGCAAGAGAUACAAUUGGUUGCAUCGGAAAGCAACAAUAAUUUUAAGGUAUACCUUGGAGGAACUAUGGGAACAGAUGAUUUCUAUAGAGGACAAGGGCGUCUCGAUGGCCCUUUCUGCAAUCAUACUGAAGAACAGAAAAAUGCAUUUCUUAGGAAAUUGUCGGAUAUGGGGGUCAGGAACAUAGAAAUGGAGGCGACUGCGUUUUCGGCGCUUAUGACCGAGGCAGGCAUUCGGGGCGCCAUCGUUUGCGUGCCCUUCCUAGACCGUCUGCAUGGCGAUCAGGUGACUACACCAAAAGAACAACUGGUCGAAUGGGAAAAUAAUCCUAUGAAAGUAGUUGGUGAUUAUAUUGUCAAAUACAUUGAAAAUCAAAAGCAAUAGAGUAUAAAGUGAGACGUUCUGACUUCAUAUGGAAAGCUGUUCG